UAUCAUCACCGUCCGACUUGAUGGCCAACGAUUUCAAGUUCCCGCCGGUCGUUUUCCCAUCGGGCGGCAACCCGGGUCCGGGAAGCCAACGCCGACCCGCGACGGCGCCGUUUCAAUCCCCCCGUUCCUCAAACCCCGGAAUCCCCUUUCUCUCCUUCGACGUCGGCGCCGCCGCCACGUCAUUCCCGCCGCCCCAAUUCUCCAGUUCCGGCAGUAUCCCCGGCGGAUUCGAAGACGAACCACCCCUUCUUGAAGAACUGGGUAUCAACACCAAACAAAUCUGGAACAAAACCAUGUCGAUUCUCAACCCGUUUAGAGUCAAACCCGAUUUGCACGAAGAUUCGGAUCUUUCGGGCCCGUUUCUAUUCUUAAUGGCAUUUGGGCUUUUCCAAUUACUCGCUGGGAAGCUGCAUUUUGGGAUCAUAUUGGGCUGGGUCACUGUCUCCGCUUUGUUUUUGUACGUUGUUUUUAACAUGUUAGCGGGUCGGAAUGGGAACUUGGAUCUUUACAGGUGUCUGAGUUUGAUUGGUUAUUGUAUGCUGCCUAUUGUGAUUUUGUCUGCCUUGUCAUUGUUUGUUCCGCAAGGUGGAGGUGUUAUUUUGGGAGUUACCGGUGUUUUUGUCAUAUGGUCGACAAGGGUUUGUACGAGGCUUUUGGUUGAGUUGGCUUCGUGUGGAGAUGAGCAUCGCGGCUUGAUUGCUUACGCUUGUUUUUUGAUUUAUGUUCUGUUUUCGUUGUUAGUUGUGUUUUGAACUCAAAUGAUUUUGUAUGGAUUUUUGCUGAUUUCUAAUAACUGAUGAUAGUUUGUUUUUCUUUUCGGUUAUUGGCAUUUAUCAUGUUGAUAAAGGUUUUACACUGCCCGGUUAAAAUUGUGAUUAUGAAUCCGAGCAUUCGACUAGGUUCAUAC